CUUCAGUAUGAAAUAGAGCAGGUUGUGCUUUAAACAUGAACCAGGAGUUGGAUUUUAUGUUUGUUAAAUAUGCACGGGUCUGGAUCCCCGAUGUAGAAGAAGUGUGGAAGUCAGCAGAGCUCACCAAGGACUACAGACAAGGAGAUGGAGUACUGCAGCUACAACUGGAGGAUGGAAAGGAACUGGAGUACAAAUUGGACCCCAAGACAAACAACUUGCCACACCUCCGUAACCCAGAUAUCCUGGUGGGAGAAAAUGACCUGACGGCUCUCAGUUACCUUCACGAGCCCGCUGUGUUACACAAUCUGAAAGUGCGCUUCAUCGAUUCCAAACUCAUCUACACGUACUGCGGUAUUGUUCUAGUUGCUAUAAACCCAUAUGAGACGCUGCCCAUCUAUGGAACUGACAUCAUUAACGCGUACAGCGGGCAGAAUAUGGGUGACAUGGACCCUCACAUCUUCGCAGUGGCAGAAGAGGCUUACAAACAGAUGGCCAGGGAUGAGAGGAAUCAGUCCAUCAUUGUGAGUGGAGAAUCUGGAGCAGGGAAAACUGUUUCAGCCAAAUAUGCCAUGCGCUUCUUUGCCACUGUCAGCGGCUCUGCCAGCGAAGCAAAUGUGGAAGAAAAAGUUCUGGCAUCCAACCCUAUCAUGGAGUCCAUCGGUAACGCCAAGACCACCAGGAAUGACAAUAGCAGUCGAUUUGGAAAAUACAUUGAGAUAGGCUUUGAUAAGAAGUAUCACAUUAUCGGUGCGAACAUGAGGACAUAUCUCUUGGAGAAAUCACGUGUUGUAUUUCAGGCGGAUGAAGAGAGGAAUUAUCAUAUCUUCUAUCAGCUCUGUGCAUCUGCUCACCUCCCGGAGUUCAAAGCCCUGAAACUUGGAAAGGCUGAUGAUUUUCACUACACCAAACAGGGCAGGAACCCAGUGAUAGAUGGAAUAGAUGAUGCCAAGGAGAUGUCGACCACCAGAAACGCCUUCACACUGCUAGGUGUAAAUGAGUCCUAUCAGUUGGGCUUGUUUCAGAUUCUGGCUUCAAUUUUGCACCUGGGGAACAUUGAAGUGAAGGAUAGAGAUUCGGACAGCAGUAUUAUUCUACCGAAUAAUGGUCAUCUGAGUGUGUUUUGUGAAUUGAUGGGUGUGACAUAUCAAGACAUGUCUCAUUGGCUGUGUCAUAAGAAGCUAAAGACGGCAACUGAGACGUACAUAAAGCCCAUACCCAAACUACAGGCCAUAAACGCCCGCGAUGCUCUCGCCAAACAUAUCUACGCCAAACUCUUCAACUGGAUCGUGGACCAUGUGAACAAAGCGCUGCAUUCUACGGUCAAACAGCACUCGUUCAUUGGAGUCCUAGACAUUUACGGGUUUGAGACUUUUGAAAUCAACAGUUUUGAACAGUUCUGUAUUAAUUAUGCCAAUGAGAAACUACAGCAACAGUUCAACAUGCAUGUGUUUAAGUUGGAGCAGGAAGAGUAUAUGAAAGAGCAGAUCCCCUGGACUCUCAUUGAUUUCUAUGAUAAUCAGCCAUGUAUCAACCUCAUCGAGGCCAAGAUGGGCAUCCUGGACCUGCUGGAUGAAGAGUGCAAGAUGCCGAAGGGUUCUGAUGACUCCUGGGCUCAGAAACUGUAUAACACUCAUUUGAAGACGUGUGCACUUUUUGAAAAACCACGGAUGUCCAAUAAAGCUUUCAUUAUUCAGCACUUUGCAGAUAAGGUGGAGUAUCAGUGUGAUGGUUUUCUGGAGAAGAAUAAGGACACAGUGAAUGAGGAGCAGAUACAUGUUCUGAAGGCCAGUAAGUUUGACCUGCUGGUGGAGCUGUUCCAGGAUGAGGAGAAAGCUAAAAGUCCGACUGGUGCUGCUCCUGCUACUGGAGGACGCACUCGUCUCAGCGUCAAACCAGUCAAGAACAAAGCAGGCAAAGCCAGCAAGGAACACAAGAAGACAGUCGGACUGCAGUUCCGGAAUUCUCUGCAGCUUCUGAUGGAGACACUGAAUGCGACUACACCACAUUACGUUCGCUGCAUUAAACCCAACGAUUACAAAUAUGCCUUCACGUUUGACCCCAAGAGAGCAGUGCAGCAACUGCGUGCAUGUGGAGUUUUGGAAACAAUCCGCAUCUCUGCAGCUGGUUUCCCAUCUAGGUGGACGUAUCAGGAGUUCUUUAGCAGGUAUCGUGUCCUGAUGAAACAAAAAGAUGUUUUGACAGACAGGAAGAUGACCUGUAAGAAUGUUCUGGAGAAACUGGUGCAGGACCCAGAUAAGUACCAGUUUGGCAAGACCAAGAUCUUUUUCCGCGCAGGGCAGGUUGCGUAUCUGGAGAAACUGCGUGCAGAUAAGCUGCGUGCUGCCUGCAUCCGCAUACAGAAGACCAUACGCUGCUGGCUGGCGCGCAAGAAGUACCUGCGCAUGAAACAUGCUGCCACAACCAUCCAGAGAUACGUCCGUGGAUACCAGGCCCGCUGUCUUGCGAAUUUCCUGCGACGCACACGUGCUGCGAUCGUCAUUCAGAAGUACCAGCGCAUGUUUGUCCAGAAAAAAUGUUACAAACGCAAGCAGGCUGCUGCUCUGGCCAUGCAGUGCAUCCUCAGGGCAUACAUGGCCAGACAGCUGUACAAAGCGCUUCUACGUGAGCACAAGUCCAUCAUCAUUCAGAAGAUGGUCCGUGGCUGGUUGGCCCGACAGUGGUACAAGAGGACACUCGAAGCCAUUGUUUACCUGCAGUGCUGCAUCCGCCGCAUGCGAGCCAAGCGAGAACUCAAGAAACUCAAGAUCGAGGCACGUUCGGUGGAACACUUCAAAAAACUCAACAUUGGCAUGGAGAACAAGAUCAUGCAACUGCAGCGCAGGAUAGACGACCAGAACAAGGAGAACCGUUCUCUCAGUGAGCGUUUGAACAGUCUAGAGAUCAGCCAUGCAGCGGAGUCCGAGCGUCUGCGUGUGGAAUUGACGCGUCUGCGAGGGGCAGAAGAGGAUGCCAAAAACAAUGCCAACAAAGUUACAUCUCUUCUGGAGGAGCUGGAGCGACUCCGCAAAGACCUACAGAACACACAGAAGGAGAAGAAAGCCAUCGAGGACUGGGCACAAACCUACCAGGACGAGAUGGAAAAGAUGAUCUCAGAACUAAAGGAGCAAAACCACCUGCUGAAGAACGAGAAAAACGACCUGAACCGACUGAUCCAGGAACAGAGCCAGCAGUGGACAGAGAAAAUGCAGAGGGCUCUGAAGGAGGAAACCCAGCAGUUAGAAUACGAUUUAAACGAGGAACGGUCUCGCUACCAGAAUCUUCUUACCGAACACCUCCGACUAGAGGAGAAAUACGACGAUUUGAAAGAGGAGAUCACACUCGCUGUAAAUGUUCCAAAACCUGGUCACAGGCGCACAGACUCCACGCACAGCAGCAACGAAUCAGAAUGCACCUACAAUUCAGAGUUUGCAGAGUCAGAGGAAGGGACCCGCGGAGGGGAGGACGUUUCCAAGGCAAUACUAGACAUGUCCCUGUUCCUAAAGCUGCAGAAGAGAGUAUCCGAACUAGAGCAAGAAAAACAGUCACUGCAGAACGAACUCGAUCGGAGAGAAGAGCAGUUUCAGCGGGCUAGAGCUAGGGACGAUGAGGAACAUAAGAAAGCACGUGGUGCUGAGCUGGAAUAUGAAUCUCUCAAGCGACAGGAGUUGGAGUCAGAGAAUAAGAAGCUCAAACAUGAUUUGAAUAAGAUGCGUCAGUCUCUGAGAGGCAGCGCUGAGGCCGGUUCUGCCGCUCCGGGUUCUCCUGCGUACACGGUCCUGCUGGAUCAGCUGAACGCCUCCAACGAGGAGCUGGAGGUGCGGAAGGAGGAGGUGCUCAUCCUGCGCUCUCAACUCGUCAGUCAGAAAGAGGCCAUGCAACAUAAGGAUGAGAAGGAGACCAUGACUGAACCGUUGCCGUACAUUGAGGAUGUGCAGAAGCUGACUGAUGCCAAGGAAAUCUCCCAGGCCUACAUGGGCCUUAAAGAGACCAACAGAUCCCCAUUCCCUGACUACCAUAAGCUGAAUGAGGAUGGAGAACUGUGGCUGGUUUAUGAAGGGUUAAAGGAAACUAACAGGUUGUUGGAGUCUCAGUUGCAGGCUCAGCGUCGGUCUCAUGAGAACGAGGUGGAGGCUUUGCGUGGAGAUUUGCAGAGUGUCAAAGAGGAGAAUAACCGUCAGCAGCAGCUGUUAGCUCAGAACCUGCAGCUUCCUCCAGAGGCUCGAAUCGAGGCCAGUCUACAGCACGAGAUCACGCGCCUCACCAACGAGAACCUGGAGCUUCACUCUGCUGAUCCAAAGGAGUAUAAAGCCUACAGAAUCAGCAUGUUACGCAGGAUGGUUGAUCUUAUGGAGCAACUGGAGAAACAGGACAAGACCGUCCGCAAACUGAAGAAACAGCUCAAAGUCUUCGCAAAGAAGAUCAGUGACCUGGAAGGUGGCCAGAUGGACGUGUCUCCAGGACAGACAGCCGACGAGCCUGUUCAUCCAGUGAACAUUCCACGCAGGGAAAAAGAUUUCCAGGGAAUGCUGGAAUACAAGAAAGAGGAUGAACUCAAACUGGUCAAAAACCUCAUACUUGAGCUAAAGCCUCGUGGUGUGGCAGUGAAUUUAAUACCAGGUCUGCCGUCAUACAUCCUCUUCAUGUGUCUGCGUCAUGCCGACUACAUUAAUGAUGACCAGAAAGUCCGAUCUCUACUCACCUCCGUCAUCAACAGCAUCAAGAAGAUCCUCAAGAAAAGAGGUGAUGACUUCGAGACUGUUUCCUUCUGGUUGUCCAACACAUGUCGUUUCCUGCACUGCCUGAAACAGUACAGUGGCGACGAGCAAUUCAUGAAGCAUAACACUUCUAAACAGAACGAUCACUGUCUCUCCAACUUUGACCUGGCCGAGUACCGGCAGGUUCUGAGUGAUCUGGCCAUUCAGAUCUACCAACAGCUCAUCAAGUGUAUGGAGAACAUCCUGCAGCCCAUGAUCGUCUCUGGCAUGCUGGAACAUGAAACCAUCCAGGGCGUGUCUGGGGUGAAGCCAACAGGUCUCCGUAAGAGGACGUCCAGUAUUGCUGAUGAGGGGACAUACACAUUGGACUCCAUCAUCCGGCAGCUCAACUCCUUCCACUCCAUCAUGUGUCAGCACGGAACCGACCCAGAGCUCAUCAAACAGGUGGUCAAGCAGCAGUUCUACAUCAUUGGCGCCGUCACCCUUAACAACCUGCUGCUGCGUAAAGACAUGUGCUCCUGGAGCAAGGGCAUGCAGAUCAGGUAUAAUGUGAGUCAGCUGGAGGAGUUGCUGAGAGAUAAGAACCUCAUGACAUGUGGUGCGAAAGAGACGCUGGAGCCAUUGAUUCAGGCCGCACAACUACUGCAGGUCAAGAAGAAAACCGAUGAGGAUGCUGAGGCCAUCUGCUCCAUGUGUAACGGCCUCUCUACAGCACAGAUUGUGAAGGUGCUGAACUUGUAUACGCCUGUCAAUGCGUUUGAAGAGCGUGUGUCAGUACAGUUCAUAAGAACAAUACAGACACGUUUACGGGAUCGAAAGGAGUCGCCUCAGCUGCUGAUGGACACCAAAGUCAUCUACCCCGUGACCUUCCCCUUUAACCCCUCCUCCCUGGCCCUGGAAACAAUUCAGAUACCCAGCAGCCUCAAUGUGGGCUUCCUCACUCGUGUGUAGACCCGUCAAUCACCUCACCUCAACCAAUCACACGGCAGGAACAGAGAGCCAAAAUAUAUAAAAAAAUAAAAAAAGAUGAUUAUAGGUAAAUAAGCCACACACUUAAAGAUAAUGCAAUUUAGAUCAUGUCAUCAAUCCUUCUUUUUGCACUUCAUCACUUUUAUUUAUUCAAUAAAAGAGUGAAUCUCACAAAACCUGUCAAGCACAUUUUCAGAUCACAAUUGACCCCAAAAACAAAAGAAACACAUAAGAAGCUAUAUUUUGUUUAAAGAAAAUGAAGCUCAUCUUUAGGACCAUUAAUAUUUUGACAUUGUUAUUUUAAUGGCAACUAAGCACUUUCCCCCAAAAAAUUCUUAUUACUGAAAUGCAUUAUUAUUGUAAUGUGAAAACAAAUAUAUUAUUUACAUAGUAUAGUAUUUGCUAACAUAUGCUGAUUAAAAUAGUAAUUAAAAUUCACUUGAAUGCAGUAAUUAAUUAAGAAUUAAUACCAUGAUUUAUUAUGAAUAAAAAUCAUUAAUGAGAAUCAACGCUGAGAAUAAUGUCAAUGACAGAAAUGCUCAAAACAUAUCCACAGCAAUGCAAAAAAAAACCUGAAAAGAUCUGUUCUUUAUUUACCUAAUGGAAAAUAUAUUCUUAUAUUUUCUUUUGAUUGCGGGACCUGGAUAUUUUUGUGGGAUUCACCUCUUAAACUGGAAUAUUUCAGAGAUGUUUCACUUAUUGAAUGUUACGAAAGGAACAAUAAAGGUCAAAAUAACUCUAAUGCCUUUUCAGAUCACAACCAGAAUAAGUUCACGGGGCUGUAUAAUCGUACACAUAUA